AUGGCUAACAAUAAGUGUCUCGUAUCUACAUCGGCAUAUUCUAUUGAAAAUCUGUUAUGCGAUAAGGAAGUUAACACGACUUUAGCCCCGAUUAUUGAAACAAACAAAUAUCAAAGUUUUACAGGGACGAUCCCCUUUAUCAAAUUACCUCGACCCAAUUUUCGCAAUAACCAAGAAAAUCUUAACAUUAAGGCUAACCUGCCGCCACUACGCAGAUCAUACGGAAAAGAGAACUUAGAAUAUACCCGUCUAAAUGCUUGGAAAACUCAUAAUUCCUGGGACUAUUAUAACGAUCAUGUCGAUGACGACUAUUCAAAAAUCAGAAGAAAGAGGGCAACAGUCAAACAGACACAGGCGUUGCAAAAAGUAUUUGAAAUGACUGCUUUUCCAUCUACGAUACUUCGAGAAAAUCUAGCACGAUACCUUGGUAUGUCACCAAGAACAGUACAAGUAUGGUUUCAAAAUAAACGACAGGCAGCUAGAAAAACAUUCAAGCAAAAGGGUUGCUUGAUCAAUAAUUUCUAA